AUGCCCUCUGACAAUUCAUCCUUGCACAGAAACACCACCACUGGAGCAGACCAUCCCUACCGUCAUACGCAGUCUCAGCCUAUGAGCACGCGAGAAAGGUACAGCACAUCGACACCACAGCACUCAAGAAGGGCAGAGACGAACCGACAUAGAGCAGUGUCCUCCAGCUACCACACCACCGUCAUGAGCCCUGGACCGGCUUACGGCGGCAACGAGGCGGCAAUGAGCAAUUACCCGAUGCAGCAGGAACCACCACGGGAGCAUAGUGUCAGCCCGGGGUACAAUCCGCGCGCAGGCGAAGAGCUCAAUUUGCCCAUGGGAGUCACGGAGCAAUUCGGCGACCUCCACUACAUGAAUGCAUCCAUGGAGCCGCAAGGCCCACCGAUCGACGUGAACCUUUCGACGCAGUGCCAUAAGAACUUUUUCAUGGGAGACAAAUUCUUUACCUGCUACCGUCGAAACUACAUGGCAUGCAACGUCUCAUACUCGCUGACGCCAUACUAUGCCGGAGCGCCAAUGUUCUUUACGCCCAUGUCAGCCACGGAGAUGCCAGCACCAGUCAAGGGAUUUGCCAUGUGCAUCUCAGCCAUCGUCGCCGAGCACCAGCAUCAAGAGGUGGUGCUCCUCCAGCACACGCCGAAGCGUGACAAGGGACCCGUCACGCCACCAAAAAAGAUCCGCCUGGCUCCCAAAAGCAGGCACCUGUCGGGACAACCACCCCACAUUGGUGUCAAUUUCCAUGACCGGCAGCCACGUCAAACGCCUGAUAUUUAUGGAUCGCAUACAACGGAUGGAAUCCUGGCAACCGAGCACAACUUUGAUCGCAUCCAGUUCAAGAUGGCGACAGCCAACAACGGGGAGCGCAGGGCUGGUCAACAGCGCUACCAGCUGGUAAUAGAGUUGUGGGGUGACGUAUCAGCAGAUGCCAACCCGUGCUGGGUCAAGAUUGCAAUGCAAAAGUCGGCCGAUAUCGUUGUCCGUGGCCGAUCCCCGGGCCACUAUCAAAAAGAGCGCGGCAGGCGCUCAGGGAGUAGUGGCGGUGGUGGCCCUGGACCCUCGUCGCAGGGGCACCUAGGGCACCACGGACACCCGGGGCAGCAGCACCCGGGGCAGCAGCACCCGGGGCAGCAGCACCACCCGGGGCACUACACUGGUGGGAACGACUACGGCACGAUGCUCGGCGGGCAUCAUCAGCCCAGCAGCUACGGCGCGCCAGGAUACGACCACCGCGGCGGCGGCGACAUAUACGGCGGCGGCGGCGGCGGUGGUAGUGGUGGUGGCCGUCGCGACAUGGCGGCCUACUCGAUCGACCACGGCUCGCGAGUGUUCCCGUCGGCGUUUACGAGCCAGAGCGCCUACAGCGACCCUGCGCUCUACGGCCAGCACCAGUCGGUCGGCGUGUCCCCGCUGGACAUUUACGGCAAGCCCAGAGGCGAGCCGGACAUGGGUGGCGUGUUGCCGCGGCCAGAGCCCCAGAUUCGAAUGGGCAUGGACGCGCGCUGCAACACGGGCACCGCCACGGGCGUUCCCAGCAGCAUCUUGCCCCCGCUCAUGUCGAAUCCCAUGGUGAAUGCGGGAGGCUUUAUGUCGAGUUCAUAA